UGUGUAAAUUUGAGUAGUUGUGAACACACUGGUACUACUUAUUCAUCAAUUUUUGUGCCGUAAGAAAUGUAGUAAAACGUUCAGCAGACAAAUUCAAUAUUCAUUGUUCAACUUAACCUCAAAGUGUAUGUAUGAGACACUCCAUGAGACUUGCUACUACGACACCCCAUCGAGCAAACGAUGCACCGCUAGUUGGAAAAUAGCAAACAUUUAACCGGAGGAGCUAAUAGUUGCUAAAUAAUAACGGAUAUUUGCUAAAGAGCCUGGGUAGUAUAAAAAACCUUUAAAAUGUCGACUGGAGCACUGGUGCAACAAUUCGUUGCUGGCCUAAAGUCGCGAAAUCGCAAUGUGCAAAGCAAAGCAGCUCAAGAUUUAUUUCUGUAUGUAAAGACGGAGCUACGGGAAAUGUCGCAAGAGGACUUAGUGGCUUUCUUCGACGAUUUUAACCACCAAAUAUUCAGCAUGGUAAAUUCUGCUGACAUUAAUGACAAGAAAGGCGCUGUCUUAGCCAUAAAAUGCCUAAUCAGUGGCGAUGUAGUGAAUACAAUGAUACGUAUUUCACCGUAUUACAACCAUUUGCGCACGCUGCUACCUUCUAAUGAUACCACUGUAAUGGAGAUUGCUGCUCGUACGUUGGUGAAAUUGGCUAACUUGCCUGGAUCGAAGGGGGCAGAAUCAAUUGAUUUUGAUAUAAAACGGGCAUUCGAGAUGUUAAGUGGUGAUCGGCAAGAGUACCGACGACACGCCUCUGUUUUUAUUCUCCGCGAAUUGGCUAUAGCCAUGCCUACAUACUUUUAUCAACAGAUUUCUACAUUUUUUGAUCAUAUUUUUAAUGCUAUUUUCGACCCAAAAGCUGCUAUACGCGAUUCAGCAGGCGAGGCUUUACGUGCCGCACUUAUAGUAACAUCUCAACGCGAAAGCACUAAGCAAUCAAGUGAACCACAGUGGUAUAAAACAUGUUACCAAGAAGCAAGCGCGAGCUUCGUAGCAGAACCAGCAGGAACAAAAGAUCAAAAAGGAAUGACCCGCGAAGAUCGAAUUCAUGGUGGUCUUAUAAUACUGAACGAACUUUUCCGUUGUUCGCAUGCCACUUGGGAGCGCCGUUACGCUGCAUUGAAAGCACUGCUUCCUGACGCACAACAUAACAAAUUCGGUGAAGUCAUACACUCCACCUCUGUUGGUAGUCAACUAACCACAUUAGUGCCUCGCUUGAAAGCACCAUUUAUAAGUAAACUAGGUUCGACGCACAUGCAUUUAGAACAUGAUGGGCAACAUGGUGGAACGCACAAGUUUUCGUCGGUAACAGUGCUGGAGUCCGCCUAUUCGCGUGAGAUACUCACAGAAAACUACAUAAACAUUUGCGAUAAUGUGCUCGAGCAGCGCACUUCAAAAUCACCGUAUGUUCAGCAAGCGCUCCUACAAAUACUUCCCCGCCUAGCCGCAUUCAAUCGUGAAGUAUUCGUGCAACGCUAUUUACAAGAAUGCGUUGACCAUUUGCUCAGUAUUGUACCACGUAAAGAGAAGGAUCGAAAUAUUGCAUAUGUCACAAUUGGUUACAUAGCUGUAGCCGUCGAGCGUGACAUUGACAAGCAUUUAAGAGCAAUAAUGAGCGCCAUAAAAAUAGCACUACCGCCAAAGAUCGCACCCAGUAAACGUAAAGCAGGAAUUGAUCCAGCUAUUUUUCAUUGCAUUACGCUGCUUGCCAACGCUGUAAAAUCUGGCAUCACCGAAGAUGUACGCAAUAUCCUCGAGCAAAUGUUCUUUAGUGGCCUUUCGCCUGCACUGACGGUUUGUUUGCGUGAACUUGCAGAAAAUGUGCCACAUCUUAAGUCUGCUAUUGCAGAAGGUCUCAUUCGUGUACUGUCGCAAGUACUAAUGAAUAAACCGUUAUCCAUGCCCUAUCAAACACUGGCCACCAUACCAUUAGAUGCAUCGAUGAACUUGCAACACGAUGUACCUACCGUCGUACUGGCACUAAAAACGCUUGGCAGCUUUAAUUUCGAGGAACAAAAUAUGCUCGAUUUUGUACAACGUUGUGCUGAUCAUUUCAUUCAUCAUGAACAACAAGAAAUACGCUUGGAAGCGGUGCAAACAUGCACACGAUUACUAAAACUUGCCGUACAAUCGGCUGACAGUUCAGAGAGCUCCAAUACACUUAGCGAAACUGUUUCACAUGUCAUUGAACGUUUACUAAUUGUUGCCAUUACCGAUAUGGAUUGUAAUGUGCGCAUACGUAUACUGCGUUCAUUGGAUGAAACCUUUGAUGCCGAGUUGGCGCAACCCGAGUCGUUAAGUGCGCUCUUUAUUACUUUAAAUGAUGAAAUUUUUGAAAUACGCGAAUUGGCUAUGGUGACAGUGGGGCGAUUGUCCGCUAUGAAUCCGGCCUAUGUAAUGCCUAAACUACGUAAAAUAAUGAUACAACUCCUGACUGAACUGGAACAUUCGGGCAUGAGUCGUAAUAAGGAGCAGAGUGCAAGGAUGCUGGAUCACUUGAUUAUCAGUACACCAAGAUUGAUUUCAUCUUACAUGCAUCCAAUACUUACCAUCCUUGUGCCAAAAUUACGCGAAGCCGACCCCAACCCCGGAGUUAUAUUGAAUGUAUUGCGCGCGAUUGGUGACUUGGCUGAAGUGAAUGGCGGUUCCAACGAGAUGGAAUUGUGGGCUGACGAUUUACUUUCCAUUCUCCUCGAAAUGCUUGGAGAUGCUGGCAGUCCGGAGAAACGUGGAGUUGCGCUAUGGACACUGGGACAAUUGAUUAGCGCUACUGGUCGUGUAGUCACACCCUAUCACAAGUAUCCGGGACUUAUUGAUAUACUUAUAAAUUUUUUGAAAACUGAGCAACGUCGAUCCAUACGUCGUGAGACAAUACGAGUACUGGGUCUGUUGGGAGCCAUGGAUCCGUACAAGCACAAAAUGAAUAAAGGGCUAAUCGAUAGUCAGAAAGAGAGUGUGCUCAUAUCGUUGAGUGACUUCAAAGUGGAUGAGAAUCAGGAUAUUUCGACUGCGGAGCUACUUGUGAAUAUGAGUAAUGUCCUUGAUGAAUACUAUCCGGCUGUGGCGAUUGCAGCACUAAUGCGCAUUUUGCGUGAUCCCACACUCAGCAGCCGUCAUACCAGCGUGGUGCAGGCAAUAACAUUGAUAUUCAAAAGUUUGGCCAUUAAAUGUGUGCCCUAUCUGGCGCAAGUGUUGCCCAGUUUGCUGGAGAACGUUCGCACGGCUGAUAUUAAUUUGCGCGAAUUCCUCUUCCAGCAGUUAGCCAUAUUGGUACAGAUCGUUAAGCAACACAUUAUAAGCUACAUGAGUGAUAUUUUUAAGUUAAUUAAAGAGUUUUGGACUGUCUACACGCCUCUGCAGUUAACCUUAAUCAACUUGAUUGAGCAAAUUGCAUUGGCUCUGGGCUGUGAAUUUCGUAAUUAUCUGUCACAAUUGAUACCACAAAUUUUGCGUGUGCUACAGCAUGACACUUCCAAGGAUCGCAUGGUUACAAAGCGGUUGCUGCAAGCUUUACAAAAGUUCGGCAACACGUUGGAUGACUAUCUGCACUUGAUUGUGCCGCCAAUUGUAAAGUUGUUCGACGCGCCAUAUGUGCCGCAACAAGUUUCACUCGUGGCUCUAGAAACCAUCGACCAUCUCGCAUGGAUACUUGACUUUACUGACUUCUCUUCGCGCAUUAUACAUCCAUUAGUUCGUGUGCUUGAAGCAGAGCCAGAGUUGCGCGAACAAGCCAUGUCCACCCUCUGUUCGGUAGUCAUACAGCUGGGUAAGAAAUACCUCGUUUUUGUACCACUUGUUGAACGCACCAUCGCAAAGCAUCGCAUUGUCGACUCGAAAUACGAGAAACUAUUGACGAAAAUCCAAAGUAAUACCACAAUGUGCCUGGACGAUGAGUUCCACAUGCGACAGGCUAAAUUUAAAUCACCCGAACUACUAGCGCCUAAUAGUGGCGGCAAUUUCGCCAUGAAGCGACUUAUUGUUUCCACAAGCAGUUUACGCGCUGCCUGGCAGGUGACACGUCGUGUGUCCAAAGACGAUUGGGUCGAGUGGCUAAAGCGAUUAUCAAUCGGUUUAUUGAAGGAAUCACGUUCACAAGCGUUGCGCGCUUGCCACGCACUCGCACAAGACUAUGACAAGCUGCUGCGCGACCUGUUCAAUGCGGCCUUUAUUUCUUGUUGGACAGAGCUAUCACCUGAUCACAAGCACGAGCUUACGCAAUCGUUAAUACAAGCAUUGCAAGUGACUGAUAUGCCGGAGAUCACUCAAACAAUCUUGAAUUUAGCCGAAUUCAUGGAGCACUGUGAUAAGGACCCUAUACCAAUUGAAACCAAGUUGUUGGGUACGCGUGCCAUGGCUUGCCGAGCAUAUGCGAAGGCUCUGCGCUACAAAGAAGAAGAGUUUCAAACUCACAAAGAUCCACAGGUGCUCGAAUCGCUUAUUCUCAUCAAUAAUAAGCUGCAGCAAAAGGAGGCUGCUGAGGGUCUACUCACUACCUACCGCAAUGCCAGUAAUGAGUUCAAAGUACAAGGUCGUUGGUACGAGAAGCUGCACAAUUGGGAGCAGGCACUAAAGCACUAUUCCGGUAAUCUAAAAGACAACUGUAACGACCUAGAAGCGCGCUUAGGUCACAUGCGUUGUCUGGAAGCGUUAGGUGAGUGGUCGGAGCUAAGUACUGUGGCGAAACAAGAAUGGGACAAUCUGGGGCGUGAGGCCAGAUCGCGUGCUGGCCCUCUAGCCGCUGUCGCCGCAUGGGGCCUACAAGAUUGGGAGGCCAUGCAGGAGUAUGUGCGCUGUAUCCCGGAGGAGACACAAGACGGCAGCUUUUAUCGUGCAGUUCUCGCCGUACACAAUGAAGACUUUGAGACUGCGCAACGCCUAAUUGACGGCACACGUGAUCUGUUGGACACCGAACUCACUUCAAUGGCUGGCGAGUCAUACGAACGUGCCUAUGGCGCUAUGGUUUGUGUGCAAAUGUUGGCCGAAUUGGAAGAGGUUAUACAAUACAAGCUGAUACCCGAGCGGCGUGAACCAUUGAAGAGCAUGUGGUGGAAGCGUUUGCAGGGCGGUCAGCGGUUGGUCGAGGAUUGGCGACGCAUCAUACAGGUGCACUCAUUGGUUGUGCGUCCGCAAGAGGAUGUGCACACUUGGUUGAAAUACGCCAGUCUAUGUCGCAAAUCUGGUUCGCUGCAUUUGUCGCACAAGACACUCGUGAUGCUACUGGGCACAGAUCCAUCAACACAACCUAACGAACCAUUGUCUUAUAAUCAGCCACAGGUUACUUAUGCCUACACCAAGCACAUGGCUGCUGCUGAGAAUAUGCAAGGUGCCUACGAACAGCUUAGCCGUUUUGUCAACGCAUAUCGCGCACAAUUGAAUUGUAUUGGACCAGAGGAAGCAGCCAAGCAGGCGGAUCACCGUUUGUUGGCGCGUUGCUAUUUGCGGCUCGGCAAGUGGCAGAAUAAGUUGCAGAGCUCACUCGAACCAGAAAUGGUGCAGGGUGCUUUGGAUUGUUUCGAGAAAGCGACUGAAAACGAUCCCAACUGUUACAAGGCGUGGCAUCUAUGGGCGUAUAUGAACUUUAAAGUGGUGCAGGCGCAAAAACAGCAGCUAGAUAAAUUAUCGCAUACGACAAUGAACGGCGACGUUUUAAUGCAAAAGGAGAAGCUCAUGAUCGAGCAAUACGCCGUACAGGCGGUAGAUGGCUUCUUCCGAUCGAUCAGCCUUAUUAAAGGUAACUCGUUGCAAGACACUCUACGUCUUCUCACACUGUGGUUUGAUUACGGGCAAUAUUCGGAGGUCUACGAUGCACUUCUGACUGGAAUGAAAUCGAUCGAAAUCAAUACUUGGCUGCAGGUGAUACCUCAGCUAAUUGCGCGCAUCGACACGCACCGAAAACUGGUGAACCAACUGAUACAUCAUUUGCUCAUCGAUAUUGGCAAAUAUCAUCCGCAGGCGCUCGUCUACCCGCUAACUGUAGCUUCCAAAUCGGCAUCGGUGGCGCGCAAAAAUGCUGCCUUCAAAAUACUAGAUUCGAUGCGCAAACAUAAACCUACACUAGUCGAGCAGGCAAUGAUGUGCAGCGAAGAGUUGAUACGCGUUGCCAUACUUUGGCACGAGCAAUGGCAUGAGGGUCUUGAAGAGGCGUCGCGACUUUACUUCGGUGAUCGCAAUGUGAAUGGAAUGUUUGAUAUCCUAGAGCCGUUGCAUGCGCUGCUCGAGCGUGGACCACAGACGCUGAAAGAGACGUCGUUCUCGCAAGCCUAUGGUCGUGAACUAACCGAAGCUUACGAGUGGACUCAACGCUAUAAAACCUCAUCCGCGCUAAUGGAUUUGGAUCACGCCUGGGACAUAUAUUACCAUGUUUUCCAAAAGAUAUCUCGUCAAUUGCCACAACUGACCUCACUUGAACUGCCCUACGUGUCGCCCAAAUUGCUGGCGUGCAAAAAUUUGGAAUUGGCCGUUCCCGGCUCCUACAAUCCCAACCAGGAAUUGAUACGCAUCGACUACAUCAAAACUAAUCUACAAGUAAUCACUUCGAAACAGCGUCCACGCAAGCUCUGUUUACGUGGUUCAAACGGUAAAGAUUAUAUGUAUCUCUUGAAGGGGCACGAAGAUUUGCGUCAAGAUGAGCGUGUUAUGCAACUUUUCUCGCUCGUAAAUACGCUGCUACUGGACGAUCCAGACACCUUCCGCCGUAACUUGGCUAUACAGCGCUAUGCCGUCAUACCGCUGAGCACAAAUUCAGGCCUCAUCGGCUGGGUGCCACAUUGCGACACGUUGCACACGCUAAUACGCGACUUUCGUGACAAGAGAAAUAUGCCGCUCAAUCAAGAGCACCGUCUCAUGUUGAGUGUCUCACCCGACUAUGAUCACCUAACACUGAUGCAAAAGGUCGAAGUAUUCGAAUGCGCACUAGCGCAAACGCAUGGCGAUGAUCUCGCCAAAUUGCUGUGGUUAAAGUCACCGUCGUCGGAAGUAUGGUUCGAACGUCGCACGAAUUAUACACGCUCGCUGGCCGUCAUGUCUAUGGUGGGGUACAUACUCGGCUUGGGAGAUCGACAUCCCUCCAAUCUGAUGUUAGAUCGUAUGAGUGGCAAAAUACUACAUAUUGAUUUCGGUGAUUGCUUUGAGGUGGCAAUGACGCGUGAAAAAUUCCCCGAAAAGAUACCCUUCCGCCUUACGCGUAUGCUGAUCAAGGCAAUGGAAGUGACUGGUAUUGAGGGUACAUAUCGACGCACUUGCGAGAGUGUCAUGUUAGUGUUGCGUCGCAACAAGGAUUCGCUCAUGGCUGUACUAGAGGCCUUCGUCUACGAUCCGCUGCUCAAUUGGCGUUUACUCGACAUGGAUAAAAAUCAUCGUUCCAAGUCAAAUAACGAGCCAGGUGGCUCAGGCAUUUUGGGUGGCGGCAAUGGCAGUCUCAGCAACUCCGUCGAAGAACCGUUGCUACACAGCCAACUAAUGAGUGUCAAUCUGAUGGUAGGCGGUCCAAUGAUGGUAGCCGACAUAACGAACAGCAAGGCAAGCAAAGUUAUCAAGCGUGUGAAAAGCAAAUUAAAUGGCACAGACUUCCAAACGCAGAAUAGUGUGGCAGUGCCACAGCAAGUAGAUCUGCUCAUACAACAGGCGACUAAUAAUGAGAACCUAUGCCAGUGCUACAUUGGUUGGUGCCCAUUCUGGUAAGAAAUGCAAGUACUACAAUAAAAUUUGAAGGGAGAGGGAGAAAAAAUAUGUGAAAUUUUAAAAAUAGUCACAACUACACUGAAGUGAAUUUUAAUUAAGUGAAUAUAGUUUAAUUAAACUGACCGUUAUUGAAAAAUGUUGUUAUGUUGCAGCGAUAAUUUUUGGUUUGGAAAGGAGAAGCUGAUUAACAGUCGUUCAAAAUAUUACAAUAACUAAAGUCGCUUAACUUCUUAGCGUAUCUUAUUUCUAUUAAAUUUUUGUUAUUUUUUUUUAUAAACCUUUAUUGCCUAACUUUUUCAAAGAGGUUUAAAAAAACUUAAAAGCUUACUGAAUAUCCAGAUCAUUCAAGUAUGAGCAAUGUUUUGACUUUUGCGAGAAAUUUUUGCACAACUAAGUCACAAAAAAGUCUGAUAACCUGAAUACAGUAAAGCAUACUUUUGCAAUCGAACAAAUACACAACUUCAUUGUGCUCUUGAUCCAAAUGACUAGCCCAUAAGUGGAUGUCUCUUAUAACCGCACAAAACUAAAGGAACCAAUAAUUUCCGCCUAUUAGGGGGUUUACUGUAAAUAUUAAUUAAAAUUUCCUGAGCAAAAACAUUCGAAAAAAGGCAUAUGGACCAAACGGAAUAAAAUUAGAACAAUAAGUAAAAAAUAUUAAAUUUGUAGAAAGGUUUAACCUCUCGGAAGAGUAUUUAAGGAAGUUGUCCUUACCUGGAAGUCGAUGUCUGAUCAGAUGCAAAGAGGUAGAUUUACCAUUUAACAGUUUUUUCAACUUAUCGCUUGUAUCUUGUUCGUCGUGUAAUUGCAGUAUGUCUAACGGCAGCGGAAAAGUAAAGGUUCCAAUUCUCGAGAGCAGAUCAGCUACGAGAUUGUCAGCGCCGCGGAUGUAUCUAAUAUCGGUUGAGAAUUGGUUGAUGCAAUUUACCUGGCGAGGUUGUGUGUUAAGCAUGUGUUAACGGCUUGUAAUCAGUAAAUAUUGUAAAACUCGCUCCCUCUACAAAGUAAUGAAGUGUCGAAGGACUUUGAAAAUUGCCAAAGCUCUCGGUCAUACGCACUGUAUCUAUGUUCGAUUGGACUAAAUUUCUGCGUGUUACAACCUAAAAGCUUCCAGCUCUUUCUAACCCAUUGCUGAAGUACUGCGCCAGCGGCGAUGUCCGAAGCAUCUGAUAUUAAUGCAUCUGACUGGAAGUACCGUCUCCGCUUCAAAAGCUUGUGUCGCUUCUGUUGUCCAAGCGAUCACUAUUUUAUCAAGCUUUUUGUAGGAGCCCAUCAGCUUUUUCAGUGGAAUUUCGGUAGCAGCGGCAUGAGACAAAAACCGAAAAUCUUCUUAAAUAGUGAUUUUUUUUCAGUUUUUUUUAAUUCACGUACGCCCUUUACUUUCCGUAGGAACGGCUUGAUACCUUUAUCCGACACGAGACGGUCCAAAAAUUCCACUUCACCUUGACCUAGUUGGCAUUUUUUGACAUUGCUUACCGAGCCUCUCUCACGGUAGCCAUCUUCGGAGUCGUGUUAGCGACGAGUACAUCGUCGAGGUAAGAAAAACAAACGCUGGAAAGCUUGCGCGACGUUCCUAAGCCCAUGUAUCAUAUAGUUAAAUAAACCAAACGGUAAUAUAGCAGUUUUCGGAAUACCUGUUGGAUGCACCGGAAUUUGGUGUACUCUUUCAUGCAAUCAAUCACAGAAAAGAUUUUCUUGCCCUACAAGUUUCCACAAAAGUCUUGAAUGUAUCAGACCACGUCUCCAGGUCCAGUUGGAUUUCUGUACCAAAUGUAAUGGACUGGCUCACCGGAUUUUCAAACGUAGGCAAAUUUCUCGGUACAGCAAAUACUCGAAUUCUUUUUUUAGCACACUCUAACUUCGUUGGCGAGAAACGGCACACUUGUGUACCACGGUUGCACUUUUCAUCUCAAUAAAAUAUCGUACUUUGUGCAAGUCAUUGGUAAGAUCAGCAUAGAAAAUGUAUUAAUAUUUUAUAAAAGUCGGUUGCCCCCAAGAUAAUACUGCGUAAUGGCUUUGUUAUUUGGCAAAUAGUUAGUUUGUUAUACGGCCGAUGAUCAAUUUAUUUUUUACAUCCACUAAAAUGUCGAAGUGUUGCAAAAAAUCAGCGCUCAGAAUCGGAUGUGCUACCUCUGCGAUUAUGAAUAACUGGGGAAAAUGUAAAAACAAGUCCGCAAUGCGCUUCGUGUCCUAUGUGCCUAUUUGCAUGCCCCCGUGUCAAUGAGAAAUUUUUGGGAGAAUAGUUUAUCCCGAACGUAAAGGCGACUUGAACUGGUAGGCUCCGCGGUAGCUGCUCUAAACGGAGGGUUGGCUAUUUUUCCAAUAGGGUUUUGCAAUAAGCACAUGACUGGCGACAUCGUGUUGCAGUUUCACCAAAUAUGCGACGAUACCAACAGAAAGUUGCGCUUGUUGCUCGAGGCCUUAUUGUACGUUUUUUUCUGGAAAGCUGCAUGCGCGCAGUAUCACCGUCACAAAUGUAUUCUUUAUGCAAUUCGCUAUAGCCAAAUCCGAUGCGCUGAUCACCAAGUCAGAGGUUGCAGUUCAAAUGUCAUCAGGAGUACUGACGACGUUCAUAUUGCUAUUCUUUGUCGAAACUCCCAUUAUGUUGUCGGCUUUUAUAGCUAACUCUGCAAUAUCGUCCUCUGGCGUUGUCAAAAUCCAUUUGCCUCAUGGGAUUUAUUAUCGAAAGCUCCUGACAUGCCCAUAAAAGCGCGUACUGCGAUUUGCUUAAGCUCAAUAGUAGUUGCAAGGCUAUUUUUUCCAUUGUUUUGUGGAAGAAUGAGCUAAGACUAAUAGAUCUGUUUGACUUAGGGAAUUGUUCGGAUUUUCCCCCUACCUUUGGAUUAAAUACAACCUUUACUUCUGCCUAAUUUGUAGGUAUAUAUCCUAGCAAUAACUUGCUUUAUAUAGUCUCGACAAUGUAUUGGGUUCCCUGUUGCAAAAGGCAGAGAAUAUCCCAUCCUCUUCUUGAUUGGCGCGAUAUCCGCUUACGCGAUUUUGGCCGAGUAUAACAAAGCGCGCCAGUUGUUUCUUUUCCUGGCGCCAGUUGGACACACCAAGUGAAGCCAAGUCCUUCUCCACCUGAUCUUUCCAACGCAGGGGAGGUCUUCGGACGACAUGAUCCUGCCAACGAAGCCGCUGAACCUUUAUUCGCUGCGCAAUGUGUAUGUCGUCGUAAAGCUCAUACAGCUCAUUGUUCCAUCGCCUACAAUACACGCCGUCACCAACGUGUAAAGGUUCACAGAAUCUUUCUCUCAAACACUCCAAAUGAUACAACUACAUAUCCUGGACGGAGGUGCAGCUAUUGAAAAUCGGCUUAGUAUUGCCGCUUUGCUUCUUCAUUCUUGCGUCCAGGUUAGCAUGUUGAAUGUCCGGUAGGCCAUCUCGUUACCGGAUAAUCAGGCGGUAUGAUGCCCAGCUUAGUGCUGCAUGCAGCAUCCUCCUAGAAUAUUGCUGUCAUAACUGAAGGCGAAGGGACAAAGGCAACAACGCCUAACCCAGAGGUGAAAGACGCCAAGUUAGCUGGUUUGAGAGAGAUUUGAUGUGGUGCUGCUUCAGCGUUGACGCUUCACUCUCAUUGGCUGCUGGGCAAGUUGUCGCGCUUCCUCUAUAAAGUGUCCUUGACCCAAGAAGUACUUGAGUCGAUUUCUGGCGUUACACUGAGCCGUAUCUUUUUAACUUUCGCUUCUACCAAGCCUGUGCUUCGUGAGGGAGAAGUAAGAAGUUUUUCCUCUUCUUCCGAAGAUAAAACGAAAGUUUCCCUAUUUGGAUGUAGGCCCAUCUCGUCAACUUCCAUCUCAAUUUGCGCUCUGACAGUGGCCGGGCAUUCGUUGCAUUUUGUUGCUUUCGGCAAUUGUUCACCAGAGGCUGCCGAAAGAUCUCUGCUGACCUGGUUUGUAGUAGGCAUCAAGUUUAAAUGCAUUCAGUUCAGACAUAAGUCCCACGAGUGAAGGUCCUAAGACGAGCCGCAAUAGUGCCCCGGUACCACGGUAAGGCUAAUUACAACCAGAGAGCGCCCGGUAGGCGUGGAAUACCAUAACAAUGGUCGGUCUUUAAGUAUUAAGCAAUUACUGCCACACUAGAAGCACUGCACUUCUCGAAAUCACUCGGCAAAAAUUGCAGCACUUUACAAACAAAAAAAAGGCCAGGAAGUGCAUUAUCAUUCUUUAAUUUCAAGUCAUUAUUUAGUUCGUUCCAUAUAUUUAUUAACAUCCCAAAGUGGGGUGAAACGUCCUCCCCAUAAAAAUUCUCUACAUAUUUUGAACAGUUGAUCUGACGCUUCAAAAUCCAGUAGUAGGGCUUCCCACGUCUCAUGCGCUGUUUCUUUAUUUCCAUUAUUUUGUGAUAAACCACAUCUGCAAUGAACUCGAAAUCAUGGGUUUCCAUAACUAUUUGCCUUACGGUAUAAAUCGCUUACUAGUUUGUGCUUCCUAAUUUCGAAUUCGGAAGAAUUAUCUGCCAAGGGUUGAUGUUUCACCAAUUUGCCGUCAAUUGUAUCGAGUGUACCUUCGUGGUAGUCCACUCAAGUCUCGCACCUUUCUUUUCCAAAUUGGCCAAUCUGCUUCGCCAAACUGAGCUCCAUGUUUUUGAGAAAACAACUGUGCGACGUAGAAAGUUUUAUCCAGUACGUCUCUAUUUCCUUUCUUGUUCACGCCAGUUUGCAUGAGCUGGAUCCUAUAGAGUGUAGGUAUAUUUUUGUCAUCGUAAUUUACAAAUAACAUUUACACUUAAUUGUGGUUUUGCAUUGCAAAAAAAAUUAACAAUAACACAUAUUUAUGUAUGAAGGGCCAUCAGUUAAAAUGAGAUAAAUCGAUUCUUAGUUCUUUUGGAGGACACAAGAAAAAAUGUAUCCCAUAACUGUUUUAAAAUUUUAAAACUAAGCUCAAUUAUGUGAUUUAAUGAAGAACCCUGUACUUGUAUUUUACUAGCGAUUUUUAGUGCUUCUGUUGAAGAAUAAAAAGUUAUUGAAAAAGAUAAUCAAUUUGCUCGACUUCGAAGCGCUUCUUCAGACAAACUAACAUGGAUCGAUUGGGAAAAACUAAUUUUAUAGCAAUGAUUUAAAAAAUUUAGACCUUAAGUAUUCAAUACCUAAGGGAAUAUGUAGUUAUAAGAUAUGUAUACUUCUCACUUAAUUUAAAAAUUAAAAAAAAAUGUGAAAAAGUUGUAAAAGGGAUUAUUCCUCGUUUUUCAUUUUGUUAACUUUUAUUUGUUUAAAAACUUCUUUAAUUUGUAAGUUGUAAUUUGUAAUUUUCAAGCAAAAAAAAAAAUAAAAAAAAUACAGUGAAAUAAAAUUUCUUAGAAUUAAAUUAAAAAACUGUAAGAAAUUAUUCUUUAUAACAUAAAUUAUUUUAUAUAAAUUUUCAUGUGUAACUGCGUACGUGGGCGUGUGCACAUACACGCUUACCAAUGCUUAUUGAAGCAUGCCUAUUUUAUAAGCCUACUAUGAAAUGAUAAAAGUGAAACAGUAAAUAAAACAAAAUAUAUAUAAAUUUAA